ACACCCAGAUUGCCAAAAUGCGAUUAGAGGUCAGCGUGCGACUGUUUCGCCGCUCUCGUAGGAAGCGAAAAACCGCCGGGAAAAUCCCAGCCCUUCCUCUUGGCCUCUUUUGCGAGGAGUCCGGGCUGGCACUGCGGCACCCGGGGGAUGACGCUGGCUGCUCCCAAAGCCCACCGAUGCGUUCCAGACGGGGCGGCGGAAGCUGGCAUCGCCCGGGCGGGGCACAAGAGGGCUCGGAGCCCGCCGGGAGCAACAGGCACCCUUCCCGGCCGGCAGCCACCCGCUGCUGCACUGCGGCCCCGUCUCCCCUCCCUCCCCAGCCGCACCACGUCCUCAUCCUGCGGCCGGGAGGGCGCCCGGGCUCCGCCGCCAGCCUCCCUCAUCCCUUCCCUCCCCUCGGCGGCCCGGGUAGCGGCUCUUCCCCCGCAGGCCCCGGGGAGGAGAAAGGCUGCGCUCGCCGCCUCCCCAAGCCCCCCAUGCGGGCGUUGGGCCGUUGCCAACCGAUCAACACGCGCUGCGCCCCGGUGCCCCCCCAGCCGGGGGGUGCGCGGGGGCCGGGGAGGAAGAGGAGGAGACAUGAUGUAAUGCAGACAGCGAUGGGCUUCACCACGGCUGCUGCGUUUUUUUGGGGGAUGGGGGGGGGGGGGCGAGGGCGCACUAGCUGCAGCGCGGUGCCCUCCCCCGGGCCGCCCCCCCCGCUCCCUGCGCAGUGCAGCUGGUGCCGGAGCCGAACGGGAUCCUCGCCCACAGACCCGCGCCCCGCCCGGCACAGCCCCCGCCCCGCAACGCGCCCUGCCCGGCGGAGGGGCCGCGGCCCCGGGGAGAGGCGCCCAGCCCUUUCCGGAGGGGAGCGAGCGCCGCAUGCGGGGGAAGGCGAGGCGGGGCCGCGGCGGGAGGGCACGGGGCCGGGGCGCCCACACGGCAGGCCCCGGAGAAAGGGGAAGGAAGCGACGGAAGAGGCAGGGCCGCAGCUCUGCGGCGCUCCCGCGCAGCGCGGCGGGGGGGCGUCCGCAGCCACCAGCCCGCUCACCCCGCGGGGACCCGGGAGGGAGCGACUGCGGCCUCCUACCACCCCCUCCCCGCGGGCUUCUCCCCCAUCCCCCACUCCUCCCCGGGAAGAGUCCAGCAACGCCGAUCCGACCAUCCCCGGCUCCGCAGCGAAGCUCCGGGUAGCCCCCUGUGCACCAGCCCCUGCGGCAGCCCAGGCGCGCCGCGGUCGGUCGAGCUACCUACCAUGGCGCGGCGGCGGCUGGCCCAGCGGCGGCUGCACGAACUGCGCGACCACGAGCGGCGGCGGCUGAUGCCUCCUCCCCGGCGCGGCUCGGAGAAGUGCUGGGGCUGUGAGCCUGCGCCGCCGCACUAUAUAUGUAGGGCUGUAUCCCUCCGCCAGAGAGGGCCUUCUUCUCUCCUCCCCGGCGCGGUAUGUGUGAGGGUGACUGCGGCGAGCGGCCCUGCCCCCUCCGCGGCCCGGCCCCUCCCCCGGCGGGCACACUCCCCCCCCGCCCCCUGCCGGGCCGGUUGCCCCCGGAGGCACGGCCGGCUGCCCGCUGCGGGUGUGGGGCUGCGGUGGGUUACAGCCGAGCGGUUUCCCCCCCCCCUUCCCCCCUCAUGUUCCUGUCCCCUUCCCCUGUCUCCUCGCCUCGAGGGCUUUUGUCAAGCACCAAAAUCUAGAUGAUGGUAAAAUUGAAUCCAGAAUCAGAUGGUCUGCGACUGAUGUGUCACUUCAACCCCUUCUCAGCAGAACAGCUGUAGCCUACAAGUGAGAGGCAGCAAAAGCAUGUCCUGAUGUCAAACGUUUUCUGGGUUUAAAGAUUUUGUCUAUCAACUGAUAACCCAGGUGACCGUUGAGCGUGAUGGAGCCCUACUGUCCUGGAGAUGGCUGAACAUCUGCCUGCCCAUGGGAGAGGCAAAUGAAUUCCUUGUUUUGCUUUGCUUGUGUGCGCGGCUUUUGCCUUAGUUAUUAAACUGUCUUUCUCUCAACCCA